GAGUGACUUGACUGUCGGUCUUCUGCAUUUCUUCGUCCCUCGCCGAAACCGCCUCACACUCAUUUUUUGUCUUGGAUUGAGCGUCCAUCGUUGUUCGAGUUCAGAAUCUCGUGAAAUCUCGUGCAUCCCUCGUCUAAAAUGGCUCUUCCUCGCGUCUUUUUCGACAUGUCGGCCGGGGGCAAACCCGUCGGCAAGAUUGUCAUGGAGUUGAGAACGGAUGUAGUGCCCAAGACUGCCGAGAACUUCCGGGCCCUGUGCACGGGUGAGAAGGGCUUCGGCUUCCAGGGCUCCACCUUCCACCGUGUGAUCCCCAACUUCAUGUGUCAAGGUGGGGAUUUCACCAAUCAUAACGGAACCGGUGGUAAGAGCAUCUACGGCAACAAGUUCGAGGACGAGAACUUCACCCUCCGACACACCGGCCCCGGGAUCUUGUCCAUGGCCAACGCCGGACCCAACACCAACGGGUCCCAAUUCUUCAUCUGCACCGCCAAGACCUCUUGGUUGGACGGCAAGCACGUGGUCUUUGGACAGGUCGUCGAAGGCAUGGACGUGGUCAAAAAGAUUGAGUCUUAUGGUUCCCAAAGUGGCAAAUGCUCGGCCAAGAUCGUUGUCGAGAAGAGUGGUCAAAUGUAAAUAUGACGAUGAAUAAACCAGCAUCGAUUUGAUUUUCCCUCAUUAAUAACAUGCAUUCACAUACACAAACACAUCUUAACUGAAAACGAUUAUGCAAACAUCACACUCCUGCUGACAAACAAAUUUAAUCAACCAACCUCCCAAGCGGGACAGACAUCAGUACAGACGACCACUUCUGGGAAGAGUGUAGGGUCAACAAUCCAAAUUAGGUUGUGCCCACUCUCCUCAUAACGUGGCAGUCAUUGAAUACACUGAACAGAUCCAACUCUGAAAUCGAAGCAUUCAUGAACAAGUGUUGUAACUUGACUUUCAAAUAAAAGAUUUGGACCUA